ACGGUCCGCGGCGCUUGGAUAUAAAAGGGGGUGAAGAACCCAAGCAGUAAGCAUAACAUCAUCAGCAGUACGCAAGUACAGUAGUCCAGGAAGGGAGCAUAUAUAGAUCGGUGAGCAAUAUAAUGGCCGCGGAUCAGGUGAGCAACAAGGGGGUGAUCCUGAAGCGCUACGUGACGGGGUUCCCCACGGAGGACGACAUGGAGGUCGUCACCUCCGGCUUCAGCCUCGCCGUGCCGCCCGGGAACCCGACGGCGGUGCUGGUGAAGAACCUUUAUCUUUCUUGUGACCCUUACAUGCGCAACCGGAUGAGCAAGCACGACGACGACUCCGCCACCUACAUCGAGGACUUCGUGCCAGGGGAGGUUUUGGCAGGUUUUGCCGUCAGCAAGGUGGUGGCGUCCGGGAACCCGGAUUUCAAGGAAGGCGAUCUGGUGUGGGGGCUAGCCGGAUGUGAGGAAUACUCAUUGAUCGCUCACCCGGAGUACCUUUUCAAGAUCAGCCACCCUGAAUUGCCUCUCUCCUACUACACUGGCGUUCUUGGCAUGCCUGGCCUUACAGCAUAUGCUGGCUUUCUUGACGUGGCAAAGCCUAAGAAAGGGGACUACGUCUUCGUUUCGGCAGCGUCAGGCGCCGUCGGUCAGCUUGUUGGGCAGCUUGCCAAGAUCUCAGGCUGCUAUGUGGUUGGCAGUGCUGGUUCUGACGAGAAGGUCAACCUCCUGAAAAACAAGUUUGGCUUUGACGAUGCCUUCAACUACAAGAAGGAACAUGACCUCAAAGCCGCACUAAAGAGGUGCUUCCCGGAGGGCAUCGACAUCUACUUCGAGAGCGUUGGCGGCGCCAUGCUGGACGCGGUGCUGCUCAACAUGCGGAAGCACAGCCGGAUCGCCGUCAGCGGGCUGAUCUCGCAGUACAACCUGGAGCAGCCUGAGGGCGCGCCGAACCUAUUCUGCCUCGUCGCCAAGCGGAUCCGGAUGGAAGGGUUCAUUGUCGGGGAUUACUUCGGAAGCUACCAAAAGUUUGAGGAGGAGAUGGUGGGGUACCUCAAGGAAGGGAAGAUCACAUAUGUUGAGGACAUUGUUGAGGGGAUCGACAAGGUGCCGGAAGCGCUCAUUGGGCUCUUCUCCGGACGCAACGUCGGCAAGCAGCUCGUCGCCAUUGCACGGGAGUGAGGUGGCAGACAAGGUCGAGUUUGAACUCCAACAUUGGUGAAUUUGAAUGCUUUUGUGGUGUAUCCUAAACCCUGUGACCUCUAUUUUAUACUCAAAAUAAGUCUUGGUGCCGUAACUGUAACUCUUGCUUCGAAGUAGUAUAUAUUUAAAGAUA